AUGCUCCGACCAUUUUGCAGACAUGCCACAAGGCAAUUGAAGACCUCGGCGCGUUCCGCAGCCAUCGGAAGGCGACAUUUGCAUACCCCGGUACCUUUUGACUGGACAGACCCGCUGAACGCAAAGAACUUGUUUACAGAGGAAGAAAUAGCCAUAUCAGAGACAGCUGAGUCGUACUGCCAGGAGCGGAUGCUCCCAAGAGUUCUAGAGGCAUACCGCAAUGAAGACUUUGACAGGAAGAUUCUUGAAGAGAUGGGCGAGCUAGGUCUACUAGGUGCGACUAUACAGGGCUACGAAUGUGCAGGUGUCAGCAGUGUUGCAUCUGGUUUGAUCACGAGAGCAGUAGAAAGAGUCGACUCGGGUUAUCGAUCCGGCUACUCCGUCCAAAGCGCACUUGCCAUGGGUGGCAUCGAAGAGUUUGGGACAGAGGAGCUCAAGGAACGCCUUCUGCCAAAGAUGGCCAAGGGCAAGCUUUUGGGUUGUUUCGGUCUUACUGAGCCAAAUCACGGUUCCGAUCCAGGCUCGAUGGAGACGGUCGCGAAGCCGCAUCCUACCAAGAAAGGCUACUACUCGCUAUCUGGUUCGAAGACUUGGAUCACCAACUCGCCGAUUGCUGAAGUCCUACUUGUGUGGGCGAAGUUGGAAAGCACAGGAAAGAUUCGUGGUUUUGUUAUUGAGCGUGACCAAUGCCCACCCGGUACUCUCGAAACACCUCCUAUCAAGAACAAGAACGGCCUUCGAGCUUCCAUCACCGGAAUGAUCCAUAUGGAUGGGUGCCCAGUCCCAGAAGCAAACAUGUUCCCCGACGUAGAAGGCCUGAGAGGACCGUUCAGCUGCUUGAACUCGGCAAGAUAUGGCAUCGCCUGGGGCACCAUUGGCGCACUGGAAGACUGCAUCGCCAGAACGCGGGAGUAUGCGCUGGAGAGGAAACAGUUCAAAGGCAACCCGCUUGCCAAGUACCAGCUUGUACAGAAGAAGCUGGCGGAUGCAACCACAGAUGCUGCAUAUGGUAUUCUGGCUGCUCAGCAGGUGGGAAGGCUCAAGGAUGAGGGCAAGGCUUCACCAGAGAUGAUCUCCAUGAUCAAGCGACAGAACUGUGACCGAGCUUUGAUCAAUGCUCGAACGCUCCAGGAAGUGUUUGGUGGAAACGCCGUCUCCGACGAGUACGGCAUUGGAAGGCAUGUGGCGAACUUGUUUGUGACGCAGACAUAUGAAGGGCAAAGCGACAUCCACUCGCUCAUCCUCGGUCGAGCCAUCACGGGCAUUCAAGGCUUCUGCUGA